GAGGCUCUAACAACUACUGAGGCUCCAACAUCUACUGAGGCUACAACAACUACUGACACUCUAACCACUUCUGAGGCUCCAACAACUAAUGAGGAGGCUCUAACAACUACUGAGGCUCCAACCACUACUGAGGCUUUAACAACUACUGAGGCUCUUACAACUACUGACGUUCCAACAACUACUGAGGCUCCAACCACUACUGAGGCUUUAAUAACUACUGAGGCUCCAACGACUACUGAGGCUCCAACCACUACUGAAGCUCUAACAACUACUGAGGCUACAACAACUGCUGAGGAUCCAACAACUACUGAGGCUCUUACAACUACUGAGGCUCCAACAACUACUGAGGCUCUAACAACUACUGAGGCUCCAACAACUACUGAGGCUCCAACAACUACUGACACUCUAACCACUUCUGAGGCUCCAACAACUAAUGAGACUGAGGCUCAAACCACAACUGCAACAACUACUGACACUCUAACCACUACUGAGGCGCCAACAACUACUGAGGCUCUUACAACUACUGAGGCUCCAGCAACUACUGAGGCUAUAACAACUACUGAGGCUCUAACAACUACUGAGGCUCCAACAACUACUGAAGCUCUUACAACU